AUGUUGAGGUCAGACACCAGUUUCUCUGCUCCGUGCCCAUGGAAGGAAGAUAUGGAUCAGAACAAUAUCUCUGAAGAGGAGGACAGUGGUUAUCUGCUUGAGGAAAAGGAACUAGAGCCUCGGAUUAAUGUGUAUACAGGCUCAACAAGGGAGCAGAGGAUUCUGGGUUACCUGAAGACGUGGACUACACAGGGGCACGUGAAUGAAAAGACAAGACACAUCUCCAAGAUGGUACAUCAAGGAACGUCCUUCAUCCUCCUCCUCACCAGGGUUGGGCUACUUCUAGGUCUUGCUAACCCCUUGGUCACCUCAGCCUUGUGCCCCUCAGUCUGUCGCUGUGACGGUACCUUCAUAUAUUGUAAUGAUCGUGGCCUGACUUCCAUUCCAACUGGUAUGCCACAGGACGCCACAGUGCUCUUUCUGCAGAACAAUCGUAUAAAGAGUUCGGGCAUUCCUGCAGAGCUCCGCAGACUCUCAAAUGUGGAGAAGAUCUACCUUUACUGCAACAACUUGGAUGAGUUCCCCACCAACCUUCCUCUUGGGCUAAAAGAGCUCCACCUUCAGGAGAACAACAUUCGUAUGAUUACCCAUGCCUCUUUAGCCCAAAUUCCCUACAUUGAGGAACUACACCUGGACGAUAACUCUGUAUCAGCUGUGAGCAUAGAGGAUGGGGCCUUCAGGGACAGUAAUCAGCUAAGAUUACUUUUUCUCUCCAGAAACCACUUAAGCACCAUCCCCUCAGGCCUGCCCAUGAGUAUUGAGGAACUGCGCUUUGAUGACAACCGCAUCUCCUCCAUCUCAGAGCAAUCACUGCAAGAUCUCAUCAACCUGAAACGACUAAUCCUUGACGGUAACCUGCUCAACAACCGUGGCAUUGGGGAGAUGGCUUUCAUCAACCUGAUCAACCUGACUGAGCUGUCAUUAGUAAGAAACUCUCUGACAUCACCUCCAGCUAACUUGCCAGGCACCAGUUUGGAGAAGCUGACGCUACAAGAUAAUCACAUUAAUCGGGUUCCUCCUGGGGCUUUUGCCUUCCUUAGGCAGCUGUAUCGCCUGGACCUGUCAGGUAACAACUUGAGCAGCCUUCCACAGGGUGUAUUUGAAGAUCUGGACAAUCUCACACAGCUCCUGCUGCGCAACAACCCCUGGCAAUGCACUUGCAGAAUGAAAUGGGUGCGUGACUGGUUAAGGUCGUUACCAUCAAAGGUAAAUGUACGUGGCUUCAUGUGCCAGGGUCCUGACAAGGUCAAAGGCAUGGCGAUUAAAGACUUAACAACAGAAAUGUUUGACUGCAAAGACUCAGAACUCUUCUACACGUAUGAGACAAGCACAGUCUCGAACACUUUACACCCAUCACAGCCCCAGUGGCCCUCAUUCGUCACAAGAAGGCCCGUGGUAAAAGGGCCUGACUUCGGUAAGAAUUACCACAGCACCACCACCGCUUCAGGCAGAAAGGUCAUCACCAUCAGCGUGAAGUCAAGUAGCACAGAUGCAAUACACAUAUCGUGGAGAGUGUCACAACCCAUGACUGCCCUGAAGCUCAACUGGAUAAGGAUGGAGGCCUUUGGCUCCAUCACGGAGACCAUAGUUCAGGGGGAAAGGACCGAGUAUCUCCUCACUGCCCUUGAGCCGGAUUCUUCAUAUAGAAUAUGCUUGGUUCCCAUGGAAACCAACAACGGACACACGUCAAAUGAGGGACGUGUUUGCAUCGAAACAAAAACUGGUUCUCACAGAUCGUACAACCCAACGACAACUUUAAACAGAGAGCAGGAGAAAGAGCCUUACAAAAAUUCAACUCUGCCUUUGGCUGCUAUCAUUGGAGGUGCUGUGGCUCUUUUGGCAAUAAUCAUGCUAGCACUGGUGUGCUGGUAUGUUCACAGGAAUGGCUCACUUUUUUCCAGGAACUGCACCUACAACAAAGGCCGUCGGAGAAAAGAUGAUUAUGCUGAGGCUGGCACUAAAAAGGACAACUCCAUCCUAGAAAUAAGAGAGACUUCUUUUCAAAUGAUACCUAUAAAUCACCUGCCUGUGUCCAAGGAGGAGUUUGUGAUACACACAAUUUUCCCAUCUAAUGGCUUGGGUUUAUACAAAACCCCACACACUGAGAACAGUAUCAACAACAGGAGCUAUAGAGACAGUGGAAUACCAGAUUCAGACCACUCCCAUUCAUGAUAGCGCACACAGACAUUCACCAUGAGUGUGACUGAACCAGAAUUGCAGACGUUUUACAAAACACUGGAUCUAUAAGACUAAGGAAGCAAUGUUCUGUACAUUUGCCAUAUAAUUUAUAUUUAAGGACAUUUUAUGAAGAUGGAGAACGUUCCAGUUGCAGGCCAUCACUGAACCAUCAGUGGGUAACUCACUGCAAUUCUAUAUUUUAGGCAUUUGUAGUAAUUUGUACUGUAUUUCCUUUGCUUAAGGUUAUCGACCAACAAAAGAAACUCUGUGUUCUAUUAAGAUAUGAUGACUUGUCAACUGUGAAAGUGGGUUUUCAUUGCUGUGUUAAACAAUCAGACUUUAGAAAACCUUGUAGUAUAAGCACAGGUCAUUCUUUUAACUUUGUGGCUGUCAGAAAAAUUAAAAAGGCAAAAAAAAAUGAUUAAAUUAAUAACAUGACAGUAAACUACGGCACAGAUGAUAAACAAAUUCACAAAAACAGGCAUGUUGCCCUCUGAAAGAAUGAGCAGUCAGUAGCCAUCUCUGCAUAUUAAGGACCAAGAAUUUACUGUAGUAUUCACCUAAUGAGGAGUUUUGAAUGACCAAAAAUGAGGUGCCAUUAUUCCUAUAUCUGCUUUGCUCAUUGUGUUACUUUGCUCUGUUUGCAAGAAAACUAAACGAUGCAAAGCAGGGUUAUAAUGUUUCUCAUAAGAUUGUAGGCCACAGCACAGGGCAAAUAAAGCACAUCCACCUUAAGGAACUCUCUGCUCCUCAAACAAGUAGACAAGUCAGGCGUAAACAGAGGACCCCCCCCCCCACCAACUUUAUUUGUAGAAGCCAACAAUGGCCAAAUGACAAUGGCGGCAUUCUUUAGUACCAUGUACCAUACGUCAUUUUAGUCACCAGGCCAAAAAAAGACUACCCAUGUUGGCUUCUAAAAGAGAUUAACGCCAGCGUCAGCAACUCCUUGAGUAUGAGUAUUGUUUUGUUUAAUUUUCGAAAUGAAGACACAAAUGUUGCCACAAUUUGAAGUUAACAGUUCCUUACUAUUAAAAACCAAAGUGCAUUGUAUGCCCUUUGGCCAGUCUUGUAUGUGCCUUGAUCUAAUGCUUAUUGUAUUUAGCUUUUUAAGAAACCAGUGACUUUUUUUCAUACACACUUGAAUAUGAAAAAUAUUGGUCAUAUUACAGAAUAAAAGUGGACGA